AUGGCUGUCCCCAAACGAGACUUUGAUCAUAGGGACUAUUUUCUUGUUGAGACCUUUAGAGGAAGUAUCUCGAAGGUAUUGGCCUCUCAUCCUCAGUGGAAGUAUGAGUAUGGUGCGAGAUCAUCUGAGAGAUACCAUGUUUUUUCUGUGGAAAAGGGUCAAAUGGUUAGGGUUGUGAAGAGGGAUGACUCUAUUGAUGACGCUGUAAAUUCUGUGCAUCAUCUUCCACCUAAAAGAUUAUUCCAUAGAGCUCCAAUACCUAUCGCCGAAUCUGGAUCCUCCAGUAGUGAUAAGCCCACAGAUUCAUCACAAUUAGUCGUUGAAAAGGCACGUGAGGAGUUUGGUAUUAAUGAUCCAGGGUUUUCCGACCAAUGGCACAUCCUUAAUACGCAGUUUCCUGGUGAUGAUGUCAACGUGUUACCUAUCUGGAGACAGAAUAUCACAGGCCAUGGUGUAAUUACUGCCAUCAUAGACGAUGGUCUUGACAUGGACAAUCCAGAUUUAAAGGAUUCGUUUUGUCCCGAAGGUUCCUGGGAUUUUAAUGAUAACACAGCUUUACCUAAACCAAGAUUGAGCGACGAUUAUCACGGUACACGAUGCGCUGGAGAGAUUUCUGCUGCCAAGGGUAAUGAUUUCUGCGGGGUUGGUGUUGCUUUUGAUUCCAAAGUGUCUGGAAUCCGAAUUCUAUCCGGGCAAAUUACUUCUGAAGAUGAAGCGGCAGCCAUGGUUUAUGCUUUGGACGUUAAUGAUAUCUAUUCAUGCUCUUGGGGACCGCCUGAUAAUGGUAAAUCUAUGGAUGUGCCCGAUAAAAUUGUUCGAGAAGCCAUUCUUAGAGGUGUUCAAGAGGGAAGAGAGGGUAAAGGUGCUUUAUAUGUUUUUGCAAGUGGUAAUGGCGCCAGUCAUGGUGACAGUUGCAACUUUGAUGGCUAUACAAACAGCAUUUACUCAAUAACGGUGACCGCUAUUGAUCACAAGGGCUUGCAUCCUAGCUAUGCAGAGUCUUGCGCUGCUGUUAUGGUGUCUACUUAUUCUUCCGGCUCUGGCGAACAUAUACACACUACUGAUUUCCAUGAAGGAUGUUCUGCACGUCAUGGCGGUACUUCUGCCGCUGCUCCUCUUGCUGCAGGACUUUAUGCUUUGGUUUUGGAGGCCAAUCCCGAUCUUACCUGGAGAGACAUUCAAUACUUGACUGUUUUAUCUGCUGUUGAAGUGGAUUCUUCUAGUUCUAAUUGGCAAGACUCUGCCAUUCCAGGUAAAAGAUAUUCAUACAGGUAUGGAUGGGGUAAAUUUGAUGCUGCCAAGAUGGUAGAGAUGGCUAGAACGAACUACACAUUAUUAAAGCCCCAAGCAUGGUAUUAUAUGCCAUACACUAGACUGCCCCUUGAUAAGAAAUCCUCAAAAAGAUCGCCAGUUCUUCUUAACUCCCACUCUUCCAAUGAGAAUCCCGAAGGAGUCACCUAUAGUUCAACUUUCUACAUUUCCCCCGAGGUUAUGGACAAAACUAAUUUAGAUCAUAUCGAACAACUUACGGUGACAGUCAAUAUUGAUUCCACAAAACGUGGUGUUGUAUACGUUCGUCUCAUAUCCCCUCACAAUAUCAUCUCACGUCUAGCUCAACAGAGAACCCAUGAUCUAGAUAAAGCAGGUUUUCGAGAUUGGACUUUUUCAUCUGUGGCUCACUGGGGAGAAGAUCCAGUGGGGAACUGGACUCUAGAGGUCACAAAUACUGAAGCUGACAAAGAAGAGGUUAGAUUUAAUGCGUGGCAACUGAAACUCUUUGGCGAAUCCGUCGAUGCUUCCAAAGCGGUUAAAUAUGAUAUAGACGAUGAUUACAGUACUAUUAACGACGAGGAGGAUCAUCAAGCAUCAGAUAUAGGAGUCCAGUCUUCUACAAUUGCAUCCGGGUCGGAUCUUCCAGCGACAUCCUCCGUAGAAUCAUCUGGCCUGAUUUCUGCUUCAUCUACCGCCUCGCCGGCAUCUUCUGAAUAUACACACCACAUGGUCAAAACACACACGGAGUUGUAUUUUCUAUCAUUCCUAAUUAUUGGCUUCAUAAUAUGUCUCUGUCUGCUAAAGAAUAGAAGAACACCCGGACGUGCAAGAAGAAGAGAUGAUUACGAGUUCGAUAUUAUUAAUCCGGAGGACGAAGACUCCGAUUUUGAUCAUAAUUCACGAAUUAACGAUGUUCAAGGUGUUCUGCCGGAGGAUCGUUCUUUGGGAGAUGUUGUGUUCAGUAUAGACGACGAGGAAGUGGAUAAUGGUACAAAGACGCAAGGUUCUACUAACGAUACUUCCAAUGAAUACAUGCAAGAUCCUCAUGACGUCGAUGUUGGAUUUAACAAGGAAAACCAGGAAAGAGAGAGAUUGUUCCAAACCAGUGAAGAUGAGGGUACAGAGGAGGGUGAAGAAAGUGAUGGCGAUCCGUUUGAUGACUCCAAUGCAUUUAGUUCAACGUAG